CCGGCGAGGCCUGUAUGACUGCAGAUUGCAGUACCCUGCUGCUCUUUACUGUCCGAACCCUCUCCUCCCUCCUCCCACUGUGCCUCUCUGCCUUGUCCCCUCCUCGGUGUUCGUCCCACUCUCUCUGUGUGUGCCUGUUUCCCUGUCCCUGUCCCUCUCUUCUCUUCUGGGCACGUCUUGGAGGCACAUAAGACCUGAGUGUUGAGCUCCUUGACCCCAGCCAGAUGGCCCACCACCCAGAGAUGGCGGCGGGGAUCAGUGAGGAAGAUAAAGACAUGCUGAGCUACAUGAUCACUUUGGAGGUAGAAGAGGAGGAUCAACCCAGUAACUGCUGCACGAUCUCCUUGUUCUUCAGGAACGACCCUGACUUCCACAAUGGACUUCUGGUGAAGGAGUUUUUUCUCUGGCACACCACUGGAUACAGGGCAUCCCGUAGCACCCCAAUUCAGUGGCGUACCGCCUAUAAAGACAGAGCCUACAGCCACAGCCAGUACCACCGCAGCCCUAACUUCUUCGGCUGGUUUACUGACCACAGUUCCGCAGGGUGCGAAAGGAUGACUCAGAUCAUCCUGGAGGACUUGUGGAUCAAUCCGCUGCCCUGCUACCUCAAGAGCAAGAAGCCACCUGAAGAGGGAGCUGGACCUCCAGAGAUCCUCCUCGCUCAUGUUCUCAGGCAGCAUCCUCGCUUUGCCAUCCACAUGCCGCUUGCCAUGGGGACUGUGUGAUGGAGAACACUCGUUUUGAAGGCGAGGAGGAAAGAGGGGCAAGGAGGCCCAAAUCAGGAGUCCAGAGCUGGUCCAGGAAUUGGAGAUGGUGCCGUGAAAAUGAAUGUGGAUGCCCGUUUUUGUGUUGAGUCUGAGUGAGCUCCCCGAUCUUGAGUGAGGUCUCACGGGCCGACUCCUUUGCUUCCGUU